CGGAUCGAUGAUAUGCAAAAUUAGAAAGAAAUGAAAAGAAAAAGAAAUGCAACGUAACACGUGGCACGUGACGAUACGUUAUGGUCAAUAUAUGUAUGCGUAAUCGGAAUUUCAAUCAAGAACAUAAUUGGAAUUGAGGGUUCCAUCUGUACCAUUUCACUCUUCGGGACUCAGAAGUGGAGGGUUCAAGUUCUCGUUAAAAAAGUGAACUGCGCGGAGUUAUCUUCUCUCCUGAAUUCCGUUGAUAACUCGUCUCCCAUCCGAUCGCGUCUGCACAUCCCCGCAUCGAGGUCGCGCAAUGCAUUGAUCGCUGGCGGGGUUGCGACGAGAGUGACGUCAUUAUUUUGACAUCACGUGACCACAACGUUAUAACUAACGUCUUUUGCUCCGUUAAUGUGUCUCCUCGUGCAGCACCAGAUACACACCACUUUAAAAAGCACUUCUACGUUCAUUCAUAUCCUCUAAAACGGAACUAACGAAAUACAACGUCAGAUUUCGUCGUAAAAAUAAAAUUUCGACUAUUCGCUAUCGCCGAGUCCAAAAUCUGUCUUACUCUCUCUCACAUCAUCGAAUUCGCGUUGUUUUCCCCUGCACUGCUGUAGUACUUCAAAGCAUUUCUCAACGCCCGAAGUGGUCGCAUAUGUAAAUCGCUGCUAAUCGUGAUCUGAGUGAAUUUCAUGAAAUUUACUUGUCAUUUAAAUGUGUCACCAGUUGUGCCGGUAGAUAAUUAUCUGCGACGAUCUUUCGUUUUCAAAGUUUAUUUACCAUUUCGGUAAUCAGUCAUUCAGUCAAUCAGUCAGUACGCACAAAAUUCAAAUAUUAUCGUAUCAGUUUAUUGCUAUAAACUCCUCCGUAUCGUACCGGUUGUUGUAAAAAAAAAAAAAAUAAUAAUCAAUAAUAGUAAUAAGAUCGAGCGAAAUAAAUUAUCAUAAAAAGCACUACUUUAAUACAUUACGUUAUCACCGCAUAAGUUAUACAUAUAUUUCCGAAUGAUUCCGAGGUCUACAAGGAUUCGUGAAAAUGUCAAAGCUGGACGUCAUCGCCAAGGAUUUUGGCGAACGUAAAAACGAGACGAUAAUUAUCAUCAAUGAGAUUCCGAAUACUCAGUGAUACGGAAGAAAUUUGAUAAUCGAGGAACGCGUCUUCGUUUCACCGAAACUAAAACUCUCGACGAAACGGAGUUGACAAAAAACAACGAGAAACGAACGAACAAAGAAACGAACAUCAUGGAAAAUCCACAGAGGUUCGACGAUCCAUCCUGCAUCUACAAACAACCGUCUCCGUGGAGCCUUCGAAAGUUGGCAGACAUGGUGCCGGCAAGGGUUGUCCUCUACAUGCUUUCAUUUUCGGGUUUUUUGGUAUCAUUUGUUAUGAGAAUGGAUAUAAACCUGACGAUAGUGGCGAUGGUUAAAUCAACGUCGAGUACUCCAACCGACGUAAACGACAGUUCGAUUGCGAUUCCGCACUGUUACGUUGCUGCACCAAACACUUCGCAAUCCUUUGAAAAUACUUCAUCAAUCCGUCCUGAAGAACUCGGUGAAUUUGACUGGAGCCCCGCAAUACAAUCGACCAUAUUGGGUUCAUUUUACUGGUGUUACAUCCUAUCGCAAAUUGUCGGUGGUGUACUCACGCAAUAUUUUGGUACAAAGACAGUUUUUGGUGUUUCUCAACUUCUCACCGCCAUUUGUAGUCUCCUGAUGCCAACUGCUGCCGAUCUACAUUACGGUGCCAUGAUUACUCUCAGGAGCAUCCAAGGCGCCGCUAGCGGUUUAACGUGGCCAGCGAUGUACGCGAUAGUCGGUCAUUGGAUACCCCCUGCUGAACGUUCCAGAUUCAUGUCAUCAUUCCAAGGGUUCAGCAUCGGAAUCGGGCUGACUUAUCCACUAUGCGGAUUUAUCAUCGCACACUUCGGAUGGAGAGUUGUCUUCUAUACUACUGGAAGUAUCGGAGCUGCAUGGUGUGUCAUUUGGUACUUCUUUGCAUUUGACACUCCCGCAUCACAUCCGAGGAUAUCGCAACAAGAACGAAGGUACAUCGAGGGAAGCGUUGGUGAACAAGUUGUUCUCGGAAGCGAGGAAAUGCCAGUACCUUGGAAAGAAAUUCUCACUUCUUGGCCGGCCUGGGCCAUUGGGAUCACAACGUUUGGGAGAAUUUGGGUACACUACGUUUUUAUAAUACCAGGACCAACUUACAUGAAGAGUAUUCUUGGAUUCGAUAUCCAGACGAACGGCAUCAUGUCGGGUGGUCCCUUCAUCUGUAGCUACAUCGCUUCGGUCGCAUUUUGUUACAUAGCUGAUUUUCUAGUCACGCGACAGAUAAUUUCGUUGUUGAACGUUCGAAAGAUUUUCACAGCUUUGUCUCAAGUCGUUCCCGGCAUUCUCUUACUUUUGGUCGGAUACUUGGGUUGUGAUAUAGUUCUUGUAUUGCUCGUAUGGUUCACAGCGGUAACUUUAAUCACAGCAGCUUAUGCCGGUGCCAUGGCAAACAUCGUCGACCUUGCGCCGAAUCUGGCCGGUCCAGUUCUCGCCUUUGCUCAAACAAUUCACAUGACCGCAAGUUUUUUGUCGCCGAUUGUAGCCGGCGUCCUCACGAAGGACCCUCAGUCGUUGGAUUCCUGGAGACAAGUUUUCGGUCUUUCAGCCUGCAUAGCCUGCGGUACUUACGUAGUGUAUCAAAUAUUCGGGUCAGCGGAUAUUCAAGCCUGGAAUUAUCCGGAUAAAAAGUAUCCACAAUCUGUGAGGGAGGAUUCCGAACCUCUCAAGGGGUCACCAAACUACAAAAACGGCAAAAUCGUGCCCCCCAGGUCGAUCCGCUUGUCUCAAGAAGCCUAAAACAUUGAAAUAACUGUAUUAGAAAAACGGAAAACAAAAACAAACCAAUAGUGUAUUACCUCAUGGAAAUCGUACCUAUAUAUAUAUUAUUGUUAUAUGAUAUUACGAUAUAUUCGAACAUUAAUUAAUUAGCCUCAAUAACGUCAAGAAAGCGAAAAACAAACAAAAUACAAAUGAAUAUAUGAAUAAAAUUAGAUCACCUAUGUUCAUUGUAAAUUAUGUAUAAGUAUAGAUAUAUCUAUAAGUAUAUCAUAAAAUAUAGUAUAUACAAAUAUCAUAUUUAAAUAAUACGAAGAAAUAUUUUUUAUGAAGUAAAAAGAAGAAAUGAAAAAAAAGAAGAAGAACAAUAUUUCUCUCAGGAAUGGUUGAUUAGUUGAUACAUACAUAUAUUAAUUUACUUCAAUUGCAAAAUAGUUUUCACUGAUAUCAUUAUACCCAUGUGUAAUAUAUUAUUGAUUUAGGCCUUGAAAUGAAAACAUCAGAUUUAUCGAGUCUCGGAAUGUAAUAUUGUAAUAUGAAAACAGUAUAGAGAAAAGUUAUUUAUACAUUUAUAAAUUUAAUAUAUAGAUUCAAUUGAGGACAAAGUAAAACAAUGUAAAACAAAUUUCAUCGGAUCCUUCUAUGCAUAAUAUACCGCCUUUAUCUCGUGAUAUGAGUACAUUAUACAUGUAUGUAUGAAAUGAUGAUUAACACGUGUGUAAAAUGUUUCAUCAGAGUGUACCUAUAUUAUAAUUUUACGCGGUAUAAAAAUUUUCUUCUUCUUCUUCUUUAUAAAUCGAUCGAGUACGUAAUAUUACAUGAUUAAUAAUUUACUGCGUUAUUCAUAAUAUAUAUUUUGAGAAAACUGGCUUUUCUCCAUGUAUAGUAUUAGAUUUUAAUCAUCAGAGUAGACGGGGGGCGGAGGGGGGGGGGGGAGAUGAUUGAGCGUGAGGGUAAUUAACCUAUAUUAAAAAUGAAAAAAAGAAUAAGAUACCUGUAAUCAAACACCAAUUAUUAAUUAUAAAUUAAUUAAUAAUAUUAUGCGUGAAGUGAGGCGUGUACUUUUCAAUAUCAAGUUCCUCGGUAUUUCGGCAGUUCCAUCUAUGUAUACAUAAUAUGUAUGUAUAAUAUGAUGCAGCCGAAUUUUCUUUCCCUGAUGAAUUUAGAAAUGCGGUCAGUGCGUUACUUGAAAAAAGAAAAAUGAAAAAAAAAAAACAUUCGAUAAAUAAAUGAAUACCAAUUGGAAAAUGAAUAAAAUGAAUAAAAUAAAAACGCACAGUUCGGUCGCGAGCGACUAACUCUAAUUGUAAGUUUCAAUUAAAUAAUAUUAUCUGUGUGCAAAAUUUUCAGUACAUAAAUAUGUGUACCAAAAUUUCUCACAGAGCUAUACCUAUACAGUUAUACAUACGCAGAUGAUGCAAAUAUUUGAAAUAUAUAUAGCGGUAACAUGUACAGUAAAUAAUUAUGUUAUAUACCGGAAAUUAAUUACACGUGCAGGAUAUACAUAAUAUAUACAUAUGCCUUAAUAGAUACGAUGUAUACAUGCGGCCGGUUUAAUUUUUCAAUACAGCUGAACAAAAUGAUGGGGGGAAAAAAAAGAGAAGAAGAACAAAAACAAAAAGAUUA